AUACCUUUUUCAAAUACAUUACCUUUUUCUCCAUCCCUCCCCUCUUUUCUCGCUCUCUGGCUGCUUUUGCCAGUAGCUCCACUCCAAAGUCGCGGACCGGGGAGCUGAAACCCUCCUUGCCAACCCUGCUGUCAGCGCUUUGCGGACUGGGAGCGUGCGAGCUAGGCAAAGUGUGUGUUUGAGAAAGAUGGUUGGUAAUCCGUGUGGUCGCAAACUGGCUCGCCGUUUCAAAUCAGCACUGAUAGCCGCGCUGACAGUUCUUCUGGUUCAGACGCUGAUAGUUUGGAACUUUAGUAGCCUGGAUACCGGAGAAGAAGCAAGCGAAUGGGCCAACAGUAGCCGGGGGAAGAGGAACCAAGUCGGGGCAUUCAACAAAGCCUACAGCCAGUACCCCCGGAGCGUACUACCGAGGAAGCAACAUCAACCUCCGUUGGGGAAAGCGACUGUUCGACAUAAACAACCGAAGGUUUACCACUCCCGACGGCCUAAGGAGAAACUCCUCCUGGAGAGCAACAACAAUGAGAACUCGGUACCUAAAGACUUUGACAGUGUAGUUGACAGCAACAGCAACCUAGGGCCACGUCCACAGCACCAGCGGCCUGAAGGAAAUGCCCCCAUGAACAAACUGGCCACGGCUCAAACGAAAAGCAUUCUGGGAAAGGCUUUGCCUAAUGAAAUCAACAAGGUCAUUAAGGUCAUUAAGCAGUACCCUCUUUCUCCUCCGCAGCAGCCUAGAUGGGUGGGACUUAACAAUAGUCACACCCACAAACCACACAGACCAAACCCCCAGCUGUCCACCAACCCUGCUAAACUCUCCUCUCCAUCCUCCAUCCAAACGUCCUAUCAGCAUCAGCGACAUCACCAAACUAGGAAGUCUGCAACUGCGCUUCCUGUGUUGGGACAGCGCAGGGAGCGACACCAGUGUGAGAUCAGUGGGAAGGAGGCCAUCUCGGCUCUCUCCAGAGCCAAGAGCAGGGGCUGUCGGCAGCAGAUAGUUGAAGUGUACUGCAGACAUAAGGAGAGGGCCCUGAUGCCAGAAACUGUCCCUCGAUACUGCCCUCUGGAGGGUAAGACAAAUGUCAACGUGCAGUGGAAUGAGGACCUGGAGCAAGCUGUCCCAUCUGAUCCUGUCCGGAUAGCUUUUGUCUUGGUGGUCCACGGCCGAGCCUCCCGCCAGUUCCAACGCCUGUUCAAGGCCAUCUACCACAUCUCACACUACUAUUAUAUACACGUUGACCAGCGUUCCAACUACCUGCACAGACAGGUGAUGGCACUAGCAAGCCAGUAUUCCAACGUACGAGUCACUUCCUGGAGGAUGUCCACCAUUUGGGGUGGGGCAAGCCUGCUCACAAUGUACCUGCGCAGCAUGGAGGACCUUCUCAGCAUGGCUGACUGGAAGUGGGACUUCUUCAUCAACCUCAGCGCUGCUGAUUACCCCAUCAGGACCAAUGUGCAGCUGGUGGGCUUCCUGAGUAAGUACCGGGAGAUGAACUUCAUCAAAUCCCAUGGCAGAGACAACGCACGAUUCAUCCGUAAACAGGGCCUGGACCGCCUGUUCUUUGAGUGUGACACACACAUGUGGCGUCUAGGCGACCGCAAGAUCCCAGAAGGCAUCAUGGUGGACGGAGGCUCUGAUUGGUUCGUUUUAAACCGCAUGUUUGUGGAUUACAUCAUCAACUCUCCGGAUGAGCUGGUCGUCAGCAUGAAGCGCUUCUACACAUACACACUCCUACCUGCUGAGUCCUUCUUCCACACAGUGUUGGAGAACAGUAUCCACUGUGAGAGCCUGGUGGACAACAACCUGCGCAUCACCAACUGGAACAGGAAGCUGGGCUGUAAGUGUCAGUAUAAACACAUCGUGGACUGGUGUGGCUGCUCCCCCAACGACUUCAAACCCCAAGACCUGCCACGCUUUCAGCAAACAUCCAGGCCUACAUUUUUUGCCCGUAAGUUUGAGGCUAGUGUGAAUCAGGAGAUUGUUACCCAGCUGGACAGCUUCCUGUUUGGCCCUUAUCCACAGGGGACUCCGGGACUCCAGUCCUACUGGGAAAAUGUAUACGAUGAGACGGACACUGUGGCCAUCCUAUCAGACAGUCAGCUCACUCACUACCACGCCUUCACCCGUAUGGGCCUAGCACAUGCUGCCACAUCACUGCAGGGCCACCCAGAUGACCACCGCUGCAGGUAUGUUUCCAGGGGCUACCCAGUGUCUGUCCACCUGUACUUCCUGUCAGACGUGUUCCAAGGCUACCUAGUCCGUCAACAUGUCAGUAACCUAGCAACCAGCCAGCUGGAGACCCUAGAAACCUGGGUCACCCCUAGUAACCACUUCACCCUGGCCCCGGAGACCUCCACACUCAACAGAUUGCAGUUUGCUGAGGUGGGUACAGAGUGGGACGCCAAGGAGAGAAUUUUCCGGAACUUUGGAAGCCUGCUGGGCCCCAUGGAUGAGCCUGUUGCUAUGCAACGCUGGGGCAGGGGCCAAAACAUCACGGUUACAGUUGUCUGGGUGGACCCCACCAAUGUCAUCGCUGCCACAUACGACAUCCUGGUGGAAGGUGGGGCUGAGUACACACACUACCGGCCCCCAUUAAACCUGCCGCUACGACCUGGUGUGUGGACCGUACGAGUGUUGAAUCACUGGAACCUGCUGGCCUCCACCAGCUUUGUGGUUUCACCUCUAGAGUACCACCAUCAGAAACCCAUAAAACACGAUGAUACAGUGAAGUUCCACAGCGGUCCGGCCCGUAACUCCUACAUGGAGCAGAGUUUCCAUGGCCUAAACCCAAUCCUCAACCUCCCGGUACACCUUGGACAGGUGGAGGAGGCGGAGCUUAAUGCAUCACUGACAGGGGCAGAACUCCAAGGCUGGGUGGACCGCCUGCUGGCAGGGGUGUGGUCUGCAGCAGACGUGUGUUCUCCGGGUCCUAGUGCCUGUCCCGUGAUGCAGCGGUGUCAGGAGACUGGAUGGAGUGCUUUCAGCCCUGACCCCAAGUCGGAGCUGGGCCCGCCCCAAAGGAAUGGACGGAUUAGGUAGCGCCACCGCCAACUCUGCUGCUGCCACCUAGUGGCUAGGAGGAUGAACUGAGGGAAAUCAUUGUGUGUGUUGUGCACAGUGGCUAGCGUGAGACUGUUUGUGAGGCCUUAGAUGGCUCCCUGUUCCCUGUACUAGAAUAGUACUCUGGCAGUGCACUAUAUAAGGAAUAGGGUGCCAACACCCAUGGUAUUUCGGAUAUAGAAGGUUGGACGGUACAAAUAUUUUCGCCAAACUCAAGAGCUGGGUAGUAAGAAGGCUGUAAAACAUGAUAGAAGAAAGAUAUGAAGAAUAAUGUAAUCACAAUAAGAACAAAGAAGCAAAGAUGUCAGACAAGUCAUCACUGUCUUCAGCAUUAUCUGGUGUUUCCUGUUGUCCAGGAGGCUAGAAUGACUGUAGUGUACUUCAUGUUAUGCAUUUUAAUCAGGUUCUAUGUGUGUCCCCAGUGGCACACCAUUUCCUAUAUUAGUGCACUUAUUUUGAUCAGUCUUAUGGGACCAGUGCACCUAAUGGGCCCUAGUCAAAAGUCUAGGAAACCAAGAGCAAGGCAGGACGAGACAGCAGGUCCCCUCUACUUUUUAAAUUCCUUCUACUGAACUCGUCUGGUCUGUUUGUCUGUCCUCUGUGCCAUCUCUGGAUGUCUGAAGGCUCACAGAGUGAUUUCCUUUAUCUGUUCCUCUUUCUAUCCAGAGGUACUUUGUGUGCUUGUGUGAAACAGCAUCCAGUUGAAAUUAUACUAUUUAUUCAAAUGUUUACAUGUGUCCAAUAUAGUGUUUUGUCACUGACUAAUGUUGAUAUUCUGCUUCCUAAAUGGCAUUUUAUAUCAUUCCCUAAACUCUGCACUUUGUUUGUCUAGUGCCUAUUAAAGGGAAGAGGGGGUGUUCGUUUAUGCCCCCGCCAGAUAAUCUGCUGCCUUGAUUCCCAAAAGCCCUCAAACCCCUUUAGUAAUCGAUAAUACUCUGAAGAGACUUUCUCCUCUUCUGUCCUUUCCUCUAAUACUCUGAAGAUACUUUCUCCUCUUCUGUCUUUCCCUCUAAUACUCUGAAGAGACUUUCUCCUCUUCUGUCUUUCCCUCUAAUACUCUGAAGAGACUUUCUCCUCUUCUGUCCUUUCCUCUAAUACUCUGAAGAGACUUUCUCCUCUUCUGUCCUUUCCUCUAAUACUCUGAAGAUACUUUCUCCUCUUCUGUCUUUCCCUCUAAUACUCUGAAGAGACUUUCUCCUCUUCUGUCUUUCCCUCUAAUACUCUGAAGAGACUUUCUCCUCUUCUGUCCUUCCCUCUAAUACUCUGAAGAGACUUUCUCCGCUCCUUCACUCUAAGGUUACCAGCCAUGCCAAUGUUUGUAGGAAACCAUCACAUGGUACUUUAAAGUUGUUGAUGUGAUGAAUUCCAUUGUAUUUUACAUUUGGCCUCUCAAGGAGAGGCUCUUAAGGAAUACAGAGGAGAGGAAGCCUUUACAAUCUGUUGAGAUGCUGCUUGGUUAUUACGCCGCUGCUUGGUGUUGCUCAUUCACCAUCUGAGGUCUUGAAUGUGUGCUUACACUGCCACCCACAGGCUGAAUGCCAAACCGCACCCCAUUCCCAGUGUAGUGAACUAAUUUAUAUUUAUUUUUACUAUUUUUAAACCAUUUUUAUUUAACCCCUCUUUUACCAGGUUCAUGCAUGUCAUUAACAGCAUCGAACAGGGACUGAUUUUAUUUACCUUGCCCACACGGGGAUUCGAUCAAGGAACCAGUGAUCCACAAGGUCAGAGCCACACAGACUUCACAG